UAAAAAUAAUCUUCUCAAUGUCAAAGUUUAUGAUCUGUUUGUAAAAGUGGUUCGUAGUUCAAAUAAUAUAACGUUUGUUGUGAUUGAGCAGUGGGAUGAGUUGAAAUGAACUUUUAAAAGGGGAAUGGAAUAAUAUACCCGAUAAAAUAUUUUCAUACGAGCGAAGAAUAGUAGAGAGGAUUAAAUGCGGACAUAAACGUUUAGACGUCCAAUUUAAGAACAGUUAUCCAUAUACAUAUAUAUAGUCAUAUAAUAGUGAUAGUGAUAUAAAUGUAGAUUCAAUUUAACAAUUAUGACGGUCAAUGUUGCAUUAUAUUUCAUCGUUAUUUCAAUUUUAUAUUCAAAAACUACUGGACAUUAUAAUAACCCCGAUCAUUUUCAAAGUACUCUCGGUCAUUUAAAACCACAAAGUUCACCAGAUUUACAAGCGGAAGCAGCUAGAAAAUUGAUUGAAAGAAUUAUUGGAGAAAAUUCGACACAUUUUAGUGUUUAUGUUGAUCCAAAUUUAGGCCCUAUAGGAAAAGAUACAUUCGAGAUAAAAUCCAUAUCCCCUGAACUUAUAAAAAUAGUCGGCUCAUCAGGUGUUGCAGUAGCAUGGGGUUUUUACUAUUAUUUGAAAAAUUAUUGCAACUGCCAUAUCGCUUGGGAAGGACAACAAAUCGAAUUGCCGAUUAUAUUACCUGAUGUAAAUGAAAAAAUAAUUUCAAAUGAUAGGUUUCGUUAUUACCAAAAUGUUUGCACAGCUGGGUACAGUUCAACCUGGUGGGAUUGGGGUCAAUGGGAGAAAAAUAUUGACUGGAUGGCUUUGAAUGGUAUCAAUCUUGCUUUGGCUUUCCAUGGUCAAGAGGCAAUUUGGAAGAGAGUAUAUCUGCAAAUGAAUCUCACUAAUGAAGAGAUCGAUCAACAUUUUGGAGGACCAGCUUUUUUACCUUGGUCACGAAUGGGUAAUAUCAGAGGAUGGGGUGGUCCAUUGUCUUUUUCGUGGCACAAUCAUACUAUUGUACUUCAACAUAAAAUACUUAAUAGAAUGCGAGAACUUGGAAUAAUUCCAGUUCUUCCUGCAUUUGCGGGUCACGUUCCACGUCCUUUUUCUCGUAUUUAUCCUGCUGCGAAUGUGUCUAAAAUAGGUGUUUGGAAUGAUUUUGAUGACAUUUAUUGCUGUCCAUUUUUAUUGUCGCCGACAGAUCCGCUUUUUAAAGUUAUUGGUAAAAAAUUUUUGCAAGAGUAUACUAAUGAAUUUGGUACAGACCACAUUUAUAAUUGUGAUACUUUCAACGAGAAUGAGCCCUUGGACAGUGAUAUUGAGUCAUUGAAAAAUAUUGGACAAGCUAUUUAUUCUGCCAUGACGGAAGUUGAUCCACAAGCCAUAUGGAUGAUGCAAGGCUGGUUAUUCGUUCAUGAAUCAGAUUUUUGGACAGAAGCACGAGUAGAAGCUUUUAUUACAUCAGUUCCAGUGGGGAAAAUGAUUGUACUUGAUCUCCAAUCAGAACAAUUUCCGCAGUACAAUAGAUUUAAAUCUUACUAUGGCCAGCCAUUCAUUUGGUGUAUGCUUCAUAAUUUCGGCGGUACACUUGGAAUGUUCGGAUCAGCCGAAAUUAUAAAUCAACGCGUUAUUGAAGCAAGAAAUAUGAACGGCAGUACGAUGAUUGGGACAGGCUUAACACCCGAGGGAAUCAAUCAAAAUUAUGUGAUUUAUGAAUUAAUGAAUGAAAUGGCUUAUCGGCGUAAGCCCGCUGAUCUUGAUAAAUGGUUUGAAAAUUAUUCAAUACGGAGGUAUGGCGAAUGGAAUGAAUAUGCAGCAGAAACAUGGAAUAUUCUGGGCAAAACAAUUUACAAUUUUAUUGGUCUCGAGAGGAUCCGUGGACACUAUGUAAUCACAAUGCGACCAAAAGAGAAUAUUAAACCAUGGUCAUGGUAUGAUCCAGAGUCACUUCUUACCGCGUGGAAUAUUUUCCUUCGGGCUAAACCUGGUAGAGCUGAUAACAAAUUAUACAGGCAUGAUCUGGUUGAUAUUUCACGACAAGCUCUACAGUUGAUUGCUGAUGAGAUUUAUCUCAGUAUUAAAAAUGCGUAUGCCAACAAAAAUUCAACUUUAUUGAGACAACAAUCUGCAUUGUUGAUUGAACUUUUUGAUGACUUGGAAAAAAUUCUUGAUUCGAGUGAAAAUUUCCGUCUGGGUAAAUGGAUAGAGGAUGCUAAAUUAUUGGGAACAAAUAAACAGGAAGAAAAUUUAUAUGAGUAUAAUGCACGCAACCAAAUAACAUUGUGGGGCCCAAAUGGCGAGAUACGUGAUUAUGCAAAUAAACAGUGGGCUGGGGUUAUUGUUGAUUAUUUUAAACCACGGUGGGUUAUAUUUCUUGAAGCUUUACAUGAAUCAAUUGAAACAGAACGAAAGUUAAAUCAAACUGAAAUCAAUCAAAAAUUUUUUGAGCAAGUCGAAAAACCAUUUACUUUAUCAAAUAAAUAUUAUCCUGUUGAUCCUCAAGGUGAGACUAUAGAUAUUGCUGUUGAAUUAAAUAAUAAAUGGCAAAAUUAUAGAACUCGUUUUAUUGAAAAAAAAUUUCGUAGAUAUGAACGUAAAAGAAAGGAGACGAAGAAAAAAAAACUUAAGCAAUAACAUACUUUUAUUAUUAAAGUUUUUUAUGACGCCCACUACUAGCUAUUUUUUAAAGCUUUUGCCGUUUUUACAUAAAUUUUUUUCAGUGAUCUAUUAUAAGAAAACUUUUUAUAGUGAUCGCUGAGGAGUUUUUUUAUAUUAAUCACUACUAUUGUAUUUUCUAUGACGUCAUUACUUUUAAAAUACAAUUAAGAAAUAGUUAAUCAAUAAAAAAUACACAUUGUAUCCAUAAGAAUAAAAUAAUU